AUGUGCUUAUGUUCCAACAACAGUGAAGUUAGUGAAGAUUUGAUAUCUGCAAUAGGUGAAGGAGGUUUUAGGUUAACUAAAUUUGUCAGCAAUUCAAUUGAUGUCCUUGAAGCUUUGCCUGGUGAAGAUUGUUCAGUUGAAAGUGACAAGUUCGAUCUUGACAUUGAGAGUCUAAUGAGAAGAGCCUUAGGAAUGUUGUGGGACCUUAAAGAAGAUUCAUUCAAGUUAUCAAUUGAGCUCAAGGAUAAUCCAUUCACCAGAGGAGGGUUGUUUUCAACUGUUUCAUCAUUAUAUGAUCCACUUGGGUUGCUCUCUCCAAUCAUCUUACCAGUCAAGAAACUGUUACAAGAAUUGUGUCAAAUGGAGAGCCUAGACUGGGAUGAGAGGAUUCUGGAUGAGCCAGCUGAAAGGUGGCAACCGAUAUAA